AUGAGCUGCUACGGCAACUACUACAGCAACUACUACGGCGGCCUGGGCUCCGGCUCCGGCUGCAACGGCCUGAGCUGGGCCUACGGGGGCUGCGGCCUCGGCGGCCUGGGCUGCGGCUACGGCUGCGGCCUCGGCGGCCUGGGCUGCGGCUACAGCUGCGGCCUCGGCGGCCUGGGCUGCGGCUACGGCUGCGGCUACGGCGGCCUGGGCUGCGGCGUGUACGGAUAUGGUGGCAACCGCCCGUCUUUCUGCAGGAGAUUCUGUUCGUACGGGUUCUACUGA